AUUUUUUAAAAUGUCUGCCCCUUCAUUCGUGGUCUGUUUUCUCAUUUGAAAACUGAUUCUUCCCCGAAAUUAAUUCUUUGUUUGAUUAUUAUCGGUUAAAAUAAUGGCCACGUGUUAGAUUGAUUGAUUGAUCCCGGAGGUCUAUUUUAGGUGACCCGAAGAGCGACAGUCUUCUCAGGAAUUCUUAGGACGACGUUAAUCGUCAUCACAGGUUUUUACCAUGUCUGAUUUGCCUACAACUACUGAGGUGCUGGGGGAACACCUUUACUCUCUCAUUGAUCCACUGCAGCCACAAUACAGCGACAAAAUCACUGGAAUGUUAUUAGAACUUGGUAAUGAAGAGGUGAUCCAGUUACUACAAUAUCCAGAACUACUGAAGAAAAGAGUGUGGGCUGCCAUGGAAGUACUACAGAGGGAAGGAAAUAUUAAAAGCCAUGCGGAUAAAGAGUUAUUAGGUGAAAAGCUGUAUACCAAAGUGGACGCAAUUGAACCUGUGUACUGUGCCAAAAUAACAGGGAUGCUGUUAGAAAUGGAAGCUAUAUCAAUUCAUCAGCUAUUGCUGUCAGAAAAGGAUUUAGUUUUGGCCGUGAAUAAAGCCAAGAUUGCACUCCAACAGGAAAACAACAGUGAGACUGAGACUGAAAAUGAGAAGUUUGGUGAGGAACUUUACAGCAUUAUAGAACAGAAAUACCCUGAACAUGCUUCCAAGAUAACAGGAAUGAUGCUGGAACUCAAACACUGUGAUUUGGUGAAACUAAUGAACAACAGAAUACUUCUAGAAAGUAAAAUACAAGUAGCUUUAAAAGUAAUACAGUCUAAUGAAAAUGAUUGCAUGUGAAGAGUUUGCUCCAUCCAUCUAUCUUGCUUGAUUUGACAUCAACACAUGUGAAAAGUUUGCUCCAUCCAUCUAUCUUGCUUGAUUUGACAUCAACACAUGUGAAGAGAUUGCUCCAUCCAUCUAUCUUGCUUGAUUUGACAUCAACACAUGUGAAAAGUUUGCUCCAUCCAUCUAUCUUGCUUGAUUUGACAUCAACACAUGUGAAGGAUUUGCUUGAUUUGAAAUCAAUACAUGUGAAAAGUUUGCUCCAUCCAUCUAUCUUGCUUGAUUUGACAUCAACACAUGUGAAGAAGGAUUUGCUUGAUUUGAAAUCAAUACAUGUGAAAAGUUUGCUCCAUCCAUCUAUCUUGCUUGAUUUGACAUCAACACAUGUGAAGAAGGAUUUGCUUGAUUUGAAAUCAAUACAUGUGAAAAGUUUGCUUCAUCCAUCUAUCUUGCUUGAUUUGACUUCAAUACAUAUGUUAAAGUGUGGAUACCCCUUGUUGUUUUCCAGCAAUGUGGAGGUUGUGUUAAUGACAAAUCUGAUCACUGGUCGACUGCACGUCAACAUUACAAGCAGUGAUUAUUUACAUAUUACAGAGAAUACAUAGACUGGUAUUGAACUUAAUGUGUUAAUAUUAUAAAGUUUGAAAACAGUGUAUGAAUGUUAUAGUCAAGUCAAUACAUUAGAAAGACAAGUGUAUAUCAGAUCUUUGCAGGUGUCCUACAGCUUUAAUUUCGGUGUUUUUAACUUAUCUUAGUCAGUACAGACUUUUGACUGAUCACAAAUUUUAUUUUCAACUUGUUCAUUAGAACCUACGCAUAGUUCAAGCGCAGUCCCUCAAACUGGACUGUGGUUUAGGCUAUAUAGAAAACUAGUAAAUACGAGUACAUUCUCUUUUGAAAUGGCUCUUGAACACUGUAUGCUAUUGAAUCUUUUAAAAAUUAUCUGGAUUGUUAGAGAUAAUUAGCUCUUAUGGGUAAGUGGAGUGAUGACUUUCCUCAAAUAACAUGCGCAGGUUGCGGGAUCAACAUCGGUAUCAACCUGCAGCAAACAUUGAAACAUCUUUAGUUACCAUUCAGAGUAAUUAUGACAUGUUUGGUGUUUUACACAUGUUGUAUACGUAACAUGGGACCCGCUUUGAAGGAGUAGAAAAUUCACAAGAAUGGCAUGUAGCUAUUUCAAAACAUUUUACACUCGUAAAUCAAUGUUCAUUUUAAUACCUCAGCAUUUAUUUUUGAAAUAAUGUACAGCAAUGCAAAUAAAUACAUAUUCAUAAAA